AUGGCGCGCCUAUCAAGAGUUUUUCUUUUCGCGGUGUUAGUUGCGCUUCUGAAGGCGGAUGAUGACUUAAAAGACUUUGAAUUCAGUGAUCCUGAUGAGGUGAUGAUUGCGCAGGAGUCUAGACAAUACCAGACUGUAGUAAAGCCUCCUAUAAGGAUAGUGAAGCCUACUGGAGUGACAAAUUCACAUAGACCUCAGUACAAUUUGGAUUCUUUUGAGGAUAGGUCUCAGGAUACAUUGGAGGAAUAUGAUAACUCGCCACGAAGGAGUUUGGUGAAGAACUAUAAAUCGUCUCAUAAGAUAAGAGCUAAGGAUGGGAUGGUAAAGGAUGCUGUGUUGAGGGCGUUAGAGCGGAAGGACCAUGUGGGCAAGUUUGCACAGAUCCUGCCCAUCAUUAGGGCGAUGUCGGGGAAUCAGAGGGUAGCACUAGCAUCGUUAGUGUCGAGCCAAGUUAGUACCCCACCUGGAAGGGCGCCGCUGAAUCUAGCCCAGGUGAGGUCAAUGUUCGGUAACAGUGACAACACUACAGACCUUAUGCUACCAAUACUCUUAGAUAUGGCUAACUUAAUACGGAGAGCUGUCAGGUCAGGGAAGGAACCACGAGAAGUAAAACAGCCUUAUGAACCUCAACCACAGUUACUCAGACGAUCUUUCACAGAAGACUCAGAGUUAGAUGAUGAACCUUUUGACAUGGGUGAUGAGCCUACAACUCCUCGAAUACGUAGAAUACUCCCAAGAAACCACACUAACAAGCCUAACACAGGAGACAGUAUUCAGAACACAAUACAUAAAGAAAUUAAUAACGUUACCAACACUAAAGUUGAUAAUUCCACGACAACAACAACAACAGAAGCAACAACAACUCCUAUGGCAACUAGUAAGAGCAAAGCAACAAUAACAUCUAGAAUUGACAAUGGGACAUUGGACCUUACAGCAGAGUCCACAAAUCAGACAUUGGCUCAAGAUCUACCAGUGGCAGAGAAGCUCAGAGCUUUGAGCAGAUACACAGAUAGAAAAGGCUCAUCAUUCCGCCGCGGUGUCUACCAGCCGAAGCCGCCAUCUUUGAUUCGCCGCACCACUCCAGAGCCAGCCGCCACGCCACCUUCUAUUCCUAAGAGGAGACAAAUUCCUCCCAGAAAGCUACCUACAUCAGCAGCAGACCCUAAUAAGUGCGAGCUGUUCACCAACACCCUGUGUUUGCAUUCUGAGGAUUAUCCAACCGAAGCUAUCGUUCAAUCAAUUCGGCGCAACAAGGCGGCUGCAGCAGCUCUGCUGGCUGACUACAGGGACCCCGGCGAGGGUGUGGUGGACGGAGUCACGGCGGCACAGGAAGCCAAAUACAAUGAACAGCAUUAUCUUGUGUCCAAUAGACGAGGUGACACAGCAAACCGCGACUUCGCUGGUGCAGGUGAGGCCGGCUUCAUGUGUCCCAGCACUGUGAAGUACGCCAGACCGCAGCGAGCGAGGGCCACGUCUGGACAGUGGAAGUACAUUGUCAACACUGGAGAGCAUACACAGACGCUGAGACUGGAGAAGUGCCUGAAACCCAAAGAAUCCUGUACUUAUUUGACAGACAACUUCAAGUCGAAAUGUGUUCAGGUGUACAACUACCAUAGGCUACUAACAUGGGAUCAGCAGAAUGGACUUCAUAUGGACAUAUUUAAGGUUCCAACAUGCUGUUCCUGUCACAUUGAAGGCUACAGCGUAUCCUUCCCACCACUUGGUCCCAGACUCCAUGAAACCUCUUCAGAACACUUCCCCGGUGAAGAUUUAUCCUCAGAAACUGGGAACCAUGCUUUUGAAAACGUACAAUCUACCAUUCAAAAACCUAAAAUAAAAUCACCACCAUUUACUCAUAAGAAGCCUCUAGAAUCCUUCCCACCGUUCACAGAAAAUCAGAAUUUGAUACCUGGAAGUCCAUUUAGUAAGCAUAAUGAUAACGAAGACUCGGUGCCACUAAACCCAAUAGACUCGUAUGGAAACACAUAUUUCCCGGACUCCUUCAAUCAAGCCAGUUCAAUCAGGCAAAUCAAACGACCACUUUUAGCUAGAAAUCCUCCCCAAACCAACUUUGAUGAAGUUACCUUACCGAGCUACUUAGAACCUCCUACUCCAGCUGCAGGUUCUUCAUUCAACAACUUUAUUAAAGACACCUCACCCAAAUUCAAAAUUCCUGGGAGUCAAUUUAAGAGGACUACGAGACCGAAUACGGCAUCACGAAGACCAAUCAGAAAGAAGCUCGCUGGAGGACCAGACGAUCUGGUAUCAUCAGGAUCUCAAGCAGUUGAAUAUCCACCUAACAGCAGUGGAGACUCAGCAGAAGAAAAUGAUUACGAAGAACCUGACAUUGGGCAAGCGACCUCAGUGAACACUCCAAAGCCAAGAGUGACAAUAGCACCAAAACUUCCAGCUUUGACAACAGAAAAAAUCACACCAGCACACAAACAAAGAGAACCAAACAAUAAUAAUGAAAAUUUUACUUCAAACGGUAAAAGAGUAAAUUAUAACUAUCAUCCAAUUAUAGACUUCUUUGAUGAAGACAAGGCCAUGGAGACAGAAGAAUCUAUAGAUAGAGAAGACAUAGAACCUAGCUUCAUUCCAAGCGAAGAAUCAGAGUGGAAACCCAUAAAUCACCCUCCUUCUAGAGAUAGUCAAAUAAAUACUAUUGGUAGGAAAAAACAUAAAUGA